AUGCAACUGAGCGUAGCCAACUCGAUCGUACAUCUGUUGGUCAAAUCUGGACGGAAAUCCGGCGGCAGUGCUCGAUCGCGCCGUGCCGUCGAAGUGAAGGGGAUCGAGAUCAAGGCGGCGGCGAAAGUAUUGCCGCCGCCGACAAUCAUCGCCGCCCUCGCCCUGGCAGCAUGGACCUUCUUCCUCUACGUGCAUUUCUCCGUGAUCACCGGCACGGUGGAGGUGAGCAACGGGGAAGGCCUCGCCGACCCGUGCCGGGGACGGUACAUCUACAUGCACGACCUGCCGCCGCGUUUCAACGCCGACAUCAUCCACAACGACUGUCGCAACACUGAGGGCCACUGGGGCGACAUCUGCGCCUCCCUGAGCAACGGCGGCCUCGGCCGUCCGCUCGCCGGCGACGGCACGGACGACGGUGUCAUCACGGGCGGAGCCGGGUGGUACGGCACGCACCAGUUCGUGCUGGACGCCAUCUUCCACAACCGGAUGAGGCAAUACGAGUGCCUGACCAACCACUCCGCCGUGGCCUCCGCCGUGUUCGUCCCGUUCUACGCCGGCUUCGACUUCGCCCGCUACCACUGGGGCUUCGACAACGCCACCAGAGACGCCGCGUCGGUGGACCUGACAAGGUGGCUCAUGGCACGGCCUCAGUGGCAGCGCAUGGGUGGGCGCGACCACUUCCUCGUCGCCGGGCGAACGGGGUGGGACUUCCGGAGGGUCAGCAACCUCGGCGCGGACUGGGGCAACGACCUCCUCGUCAUUCCGGGAGCCCGGAACAUGUCCGUGCUCGUGCUGGAGUCCACGCUGAAACGAGGCACCGACUUCUCCGUGCCGUACCCGACCUACUUCCACCCCAGGUCGGACGCCGACGUGCUCCGGUGGCAAGACCGGGUGCGCGGCCAGCGCCGGACGUGGCUCAUGGCGUUCGUGGGCGCGCCACGGCCGGACGUUCAGAUGAGCAUCCGGGUCCGGGAUCACGUCAUCACGCAGUGCAAGGCGUCCGGCGCCUGCGCCAUGCUGAGCUGCGUGCGCACACCCAGCAGCACGCAGUGCCACACCCCCGCUAACAUCAUGCGGCUGUUCCAGAAGGCCACCUUCUGCCUGCAGCCGCCGGGCGACUCCCCCACGCGGCGGUCGGUGUUUGACUCGAUGGUGGCCGGCUGCAUCCCGGUGUUCUUCCACACGGGGUCGGCGUACAAGCAGUACCCGUGGCAUCUCCCCAAGGACGACCACCUCAAGUACUCCGUGUACAUCCCGACCGUGGACGUGAGGCAGCGCAACGUGAGUAUCGAGGCUGUGCUCCGGGCGAUCCCUCCGGCUACUGUGGUGCGGAUGCGGGAGGAGGUGAUCAGGCUCAUCCCGAGUUUGUUGUACGCCGACCCCAGGUCGAAGCUGGAGACUCUCAAGGAUGCGGUGGACGUCGCCGUCGAUGGGAUCCUCGACACGGUGGCGCGGAUCAAGAACGGCGAGGAUGUCAACUGUGGCGGGCCAGUGGACAAGGAUCCGCCGAACCUUUUCGCCUCGACGGCAUCAAGGUUCUUUCCGGAGGGAUAUGGCAAGCAGCUCGCUAGCUCUGUUUCAUUCUGGCAGUCACGCAGCUGA